AUGAAGAAGGCUCACAAGGGGAUACCACUACUCCAUGGCACCAGCGACUACCAAAGGUGGCACUUGAAAGUGAUCGCACACCUCAAGUCACUGGGCCUCAAGGACCACGCGACAGGGCUAACUGUCAUGUCCAAGAAGCUACACCAGAGUGAGAUGGACCUCUCACUGGCAAUCCAACACCUUGAGCACAAGAAGCACAUCCAACAGACGCUUGGCACAAUCAAGAAGCUGGUUGAUGACAACCUCCUUCCAUUGAUCAAGGGUGCCACCACCACAAAAGCUGCGCUUGACAUCCUUGAAGCACAGCUUGUAGCAAAGAACACGGCACAGUUCAUCACCACCAUCUGCAAGCUCUUCUCACUCAAGAAGAAGCCUGAGCAGAGCGUCGCCGUGUACUUCGCCAAGCUUGACAGGCUCAUCACGCUCACGGUAGCUGACGCCACUGAGGACAUCAAGCACUGUGUCGCCCUCCCAGAUCCCAACACGCUCAUGGUCGGACAGCUGUCACUGUUCACGAUCACAUACUCGAACGACCUCCUCUGUCGCUACAUCAUGAAGCACGCCACCGCCAUCGCCCUGGCUGGGCUGCCGGAGGAGUAUGAGAUGGCCAGGGCCAUCAUUGGAGACUGGCCAGAGUUUGACACGAACUGCGCACACGCCAAGAUCAGCAAGCGUGAAGUGGAAAUCGCCCGCGCUGACAGUCCCAGCAGCCACAGAGGCAGCGACAAGCUGCUCUACGCCAAGGCCCAGGACACUUGCGGCCCUCACCGUGGAACCGCACACCAUGGCCAACGGCAGAACGGCGACACUCACUGGUCUUGUCACCCCGGCGGCCGCCCAGCAUCAGCAACAAGCAGUGAUAGCUGGUCACUGAAGCCGUCGUUCCAGAAGCGCAAUCGCCCUCUCUGCAACUACUGUCACAGGCCAGGACACUUGCGCGCAGUCUGCCGUCGCCAACUGGCUGACACCGAGCAAGCCAAUGUUGCCCACGAAGUCGAGGCGGUCGAGCCCGCCAAUCUGGCUGACACAGUGGCACUGGUGGUCGCUGAGACUGAGCUCGCGCUCGUCUCCGCUGAUCCGCACGUCACACUGUGGUACCUAGACUCCGGUGCGACAUUGCACAUGGCUGCCAACCAUGACUGGUUCCAUGAUUAUGAGCAACUGUUGAGCCACCCCGUCGCGCUCAGUGACGAUCGCACAAUCCAUGCCGCUGGACGUGGCAUCAUUGAGGCCAGCGUUGAUGUUGCAGGUCAGCGACAGAGGAUCCAGCUCCAUGACGUGCUCCAUGUGCCUAACCUGGUGUGCAACCUUCUGUCCAUGUCCCAAUUCGCCUCCGCCAGGCUCACCAUCAAGAUCUCAGCCCAGGGGUGCAAGGUGUUCUCCAGGCGCAAUCGCCAGACAGUGCUUCGCCCAGUCAACCUGGGGCGCAUGCUGGUGGCCUCCCUGCGCAUUGACAUGGCCCCCAGUGAGUGA